CCAGAGCCAAUGGGCUGGAGGGCAGAGCAGGACUACAAGUCCCAGGGAGGCGCAGGAGGCAGCGGGCUGGCCGCCGCCUGAGGGCGGGGGGUACAAAAGGGAACCUGCUGGUGGCGGCUCUGGAGGUUCCUCGCCCAGGUGUCUUGCUACAUGUAUUUGCAGUAUGAAUGAGAACCUAGCAGUACACCAUGUUAAAUUCCUCCUUCCUGAAUAAAAAACGUUUAUCGAAGAUCCAGUACUUCAGUAUGAACCUCUGAAAAAUUUGAUCAUGGGUGUGGAAUAGUCUCUGCAUAGCCCUAUUUGGAGCAGACUGAUAAGGCUCCUUGUUUCCUAGCAACCACACAGCCUGCCAUAUCCAGAAACCUGCCCCUCUGCAGCUGGAGUGAAAAUUCUGAGUGUCUCAGAUUUGUACCUUUAAACAAGACAUUUCACAUUCCUGGGCAUGGCAAUGUCAUAUGUCCUUCUCCUAACUAGACUCAUAGCUGAAGUUACAAGCAAAUCCACUGAAAGUUUGGUUUCACAGCCAGAAUGCUGUAUGGAUGUAUUGGAUGCUAACAGCACCUGUCCAGUCACUAACCAGUGCAGUCCAGGUUGUUACAGAGAGUGGAAUGAGGAUGGGAGUAGCAGUUGCAUUAAAUGCAAGAAUGAAACCACUUCUGUUGCGUCAACUUACAAUCUGACCGAUUGUAGAAAUACUGAUACCAGAGGAAUGAAUUUUCAAAUGAAUAUAAGUACCGUAACCCCCUUUCUACAGAAUAUAGGGGGCCCAGAAGUGGCAGCUUCUCUCAUUUUAGGGACAUUCUUCAUCAGUUUAUUCCUGAUACUGUCUGUGGCUUCAUUCUUCUACCUCAAACGUGCCAAUAAACUUCCAAAUAUGUUCUACAGAAGAAAUAAAGCAUCAGUUCUGCAGCCCAGUGAAACAGCAUCAAUGAUACCUCCACCUACUUCUUCAGUUCGAAAGCCACGCUACGUCAGACGAGAGCGAUCGUUAGUGAUGUCUGCAUCCACUGCUAUGAUCCCUUCUGCUGAAACCAGGGUCAGCAAUGUUUAGCCUUCAAAACUUACCUGAGGAUUCAGUAAAUAUGCACAGUGUUGGCAAAACUUUCUGUAGCCACUGGAAUGCCAGGAAAAUGUCAGGAGCAGCUGACCUAAAAACAAGCCGAGCCACUGUGUCAAAUGGGUUUGUGCCAGACGUGGACAGAGGAGUUGAACUAAUGCAAACAUGAUGAUUAUAGGAUAUAUCCAGUUCUGUGAACUGCUUUGAUGGGCUUGAAAAGCACUUUUCCAGCUCUGUGGUUUCAUUUGUCUCCUAACAGAAGCUAUGUUCAAAUCUGUAAAAAAUCUGCCUUUUUUGGAACACGUUCAGCUUUGGCAAGAUCAUUUUCCUGCAUUGUGGUCAGCUAUCUGGCUGUAGAGCAGAAGUCCUCAGUGCAGCAGGCCGAAACAAAUUUUUCGAGGUGGGCUUGUUUAAAGGACAUGUUUGUAAAUGUUAACUCUUAAGUGCCAUGGCUUUAAUGCUGCAGGAAAAUACAAAUGUAUUUUACAUGAAAUAUCUCAAUACAAAAACUGAUGCCUUCAGAAGCAUCUUCUUCAGAUUCUUAGUCAUAGAGGACCAUGGUUUUUAACUGUAGGUUUAGACCCACCUGUGUCCAGAUAUUGUCAUCCUAAGGGCUGCUGAAGACUGUGGUCAGUAUGUGUCUGAUCCAAAGCCCAUGGAGUUGAUGGAAGUUUCUCUAGUGAAUUUCAUGGACUUUUAGAUCAGGCCCUACAUGAGGAUCCAUUUGCUGUGGUUUUAUAGUUGACAAGCUGCCAUUUCUGCCCCACUGAGACACCCAGCCUUCCCUCAUUUCAGCAUUUCAUGAGGGUGGCUGUUGUGGUCUAAAGGAAGGCACGCUCUCUAAGCUGGGUUGAGCCACCCUGAGCACUUAGACACAUUGAUUUCAACUGGAGUUGUAUUGGGAAUUCUCACCAACGCAAGUAAGGGUUUCCCCAAUCUAAUCCUCCAUGCACAUAAGGCCUACAGAUCAGCACCUUAGCCUUUGAGUUCCCCCACACACCACCUGCCUUUGUUUAAACCUCACUAGCACAGUGUGUUCUUUAGAGGAAAUGACUUGUGGUGGAUUUUUGUCACCAGCCAGUGGUAGCCAUCAUGAUUUCAAGAACACAACAAUUGAUUCUUAUCUUUAAAAAUGCUAAAGUAGCUGUCUCUGGCCAAUGUGACACCAGUGUGGAGAGUGUAAACCUCAUGAUUCAGAUACCCUCUCUGCCUCCGGCCAGAGGCUUGUUCAAAGCUAUAGAGUAAGGAUUGGGUUGGGGGCAAGGAAGAGCUACUAGUCUUUUUUUAUUAGAUAUCUAUUUUAUGCACAUUUUAAUGCAGUGUAAACUGUUUGCAUUUCUUUCCUCUCAUUUUGCAGCUUUCCUCCAGUGAGGUCAAAGACAGUGGGGCUAAAGAGGAAACUAUGAAGGAGCAGGGCCUGCUAGCCACACACAUUGAAUCACUAUAUGUAAAACUUUGACUCCCUUGUUUGAUUAAAUCCAGUCUAGUUUUAAUUGCUAUUUUUUUCUGUCUGCUAAAACUUAACAGCCACAGUAAGUCAGGCCGUUUGAGAGGGGAAGCUUCCAUUCUUGAGUACUGUAUGUGUAUCGUUUGUCUAUUCCCAAACCAGGAGGUAGGAGUUUUGCCAGAGUUCUUUCUAUGUCUGUUCUCUAUGUAUCAAUAGGAUUUGCCUCUGAUACAAAUGACAUUUUGAGGUGGUAGGAAGACAUAGGGGCUAUGAACUGACAAAGUGUCGGAAACAACUUAACUUUAUAGGAGAAAGAAGUAACUAUGCAAUGAUACAAUGUUUGUGAAUCUGUCAUUGAAACUGCAUCCAUGCGAGGCAUAGUUGCUCAUCAAUUCUUUCCAUACAUAAAUCAUUGAUGGGUCAUUCUCUCCAUUGCUGUGUGGGAACUGUCACUGGCCACUGUCACUGCUACAUGUCUGUAUCUGUCUGAACCCUGUCUGACCCUCAAGUGCAUCACUAUAACAGUUUAGUGCCAAGUAUUGGGUGCUUCUUCCCCCAUCCCCAAGACAGAGUUCAAAUUUCUCAGUGCUAAUGUCAUUUUCUGUCAAACUUUUCAAACACAGCAAACUUUAUUCCCAUGGGCUUUGUAGUUUGCUCAGAUCACAUUAAUGCUGUUUGACCCAACUGGAUUCCUGGAUAGAACCUACUUAGGGGGUUUUUUGCACUGUCAUGUUAAAUGCAUACUGUUGUUUUCUCUCCCACACAGCUGGCUUUAUUGAACACUUGAUUUCUGAGUCUUGAGCUAUAAAUGAUUAAUUCAAGGACAAAGGAUUGAUAUUUAAUGUACCGGGGUAUUUUUAAAUUGUGCCAAAAUAAACAUCUUUCAGCUUUUUUUAA